CUCCAUAUUCCAGGCAUAAGAUGAAAGGCUCUGGUCUGGUGUUCAGCCUUCUAUCUGCUGUGUUUUAUCUCCUCUGGACCCCUUCCACUGGGCUGAAGACACUACAUUUGGGAAGCUGUGUGAUCAGCACAAACCUUCAGGAAAUACAAAAUGGAUUUUCUGAGAUACGGGACAGUGUGCAAGCCAAAGAUGGAAACAUGGACAUCAGAAUCUUAAGGAGGACAGGGUCUUUGCAAGACACAAAGCCUGCAGGUCGGUGCUGCCUCCUCCGUUAUUUACUGAGACUCUAUCUGGACAGGGUAUUUAAAAACUACCAGACCCCUGACCAUCAUACCCUUCGGAAGAUCAGUGGUCUUGCCAAUUCCUUUCUUACCAUCAAGAUGGACCUCCGGCUCUGUCAUGCCCACAUGACAUGCCACUGUGGGGAAGAAGCAAUGAAAAACUACAGCCAUAUUCUGAGUCACUUUGAAGAGCUUGAGCCUCAGGCAGCAGCUGUGAAGGCUUUGGGGGAACUAGACAUUCUUCUGCGAUGGAUGGAAGAGACAGAAUAGCAGGAGAGUGAAGAUGCUGCCAGGAUUACUCCAACCAUGAGUCCCAGUCCUCAAACCUGUGGAGGCCUGGCCCCAAGCCACCCCAUCUCUUUGCCAUAGAAAUUUAGUGCUGGUCACAGUGUAUCUUAUUUAUUUUUUAUUUCCUUACGUGGUGGUUUUUAUGUGUCCCCAGUUUCACUUUAGACCACAUUUUUAAUGAUAUUUUUGUAAGAACUUAUCUACUGUUGGAUAUAUUUAUUAAUUAUUUAAUUUUCCUAUUUAACUUAUUUAUUUUUGUACUUGAACAUGAGGCUUUA